AUGCCUGCCCUCUCAACCAAUGGGGAUGCCUGCCCUCUCAACCAAUGGGGAUGCCUGCCCUCUCAACCAAUGGGGAUGCCUGCCCUCUCAACCAAUGGGGAUGCCUGCCCUCUCAACCAAUGGGGAUGCCUGCCCUCUCAACCAAUGGGGAUGCCUGCCCUCUCAACCAAUGGGGAUGCCUGCCCUCUCAACCAAUGGGGAUGCCUGCCCUCUCAACCAAUGGGGAUGCCUGCCCUCUCAACCAAUGGGGAUGCCUGCCCUCUCAACCAAUGGGGAUGCCUGCCCUCUCAACCAAUGGGGAUGCCUGCCCUCUCAACCAAUGGGGAUGCCUGCCCUCUCAACCAAUGGGGAUGCCUGCCCUCUCAACCAAUGGGGAUGCCUGCCCUCUCAACCAAUGGGGAUGCCUGCCCUCUCAACCAAUGGGGAUGCCUGCCCUCUCAACCAAUGGGGAUGCCUGCCCUCUCAACCAAUGGGGAUGCCUGCCCUCUCAACCAAGGGAGAUGCCUGCCCUCUCAACCAAGGGAGAUGCCUGCCCUCUCAACCAAUGGAGAUGCCUGCCCUCUCAACCAAUGGGGAUGCCUGCCCUCUCAACCAAUGGAGAUGCCUGCCCUCUCAACCAAUGGGGAUGCCUGCCCUCUCAACCAAUGGGGAUGCCUGCCCUCUCAACCAAUGGGGAUGCCUGCCCUCUCAACCAAUGGGCCUGCCCUCUCAACCAAUGAUGCCUGCCCUCUCAACCAAUGGGGAUGCCUGCCCUCUCAACCAAUGGGGAUGCCUGCCCUCUCAACCAAUGGGGAUGCCUGCCCUCUCAACCAAUGGGGAUGCCUGCCCUCUCAACCAAUGGGGAUGCCUGCCCUCUCAACCAAUGGGGAUGCCUGCCCUCUCAACCAAUGGGGAUGCCUGCCCUCUCAACCAAUGGGGAUGCCUGACCUCUCAACCCUUGGGGAGGCCUGCCCUCUCAACCAAUGGAGAUGCCUGCCCUCUCAACCAAUGGAGAUGCCUGCCCUCUCAACCAAUGGGGAUGCCUGCCCUCUCAACCAAUGGGGAUGCCUGCCCUCUCAACCAAUGGGGAUGCCUGCCCUCUCAACCAAUGGGGAUGCCUGCCCUCUCAACCAAUGGAGAUGCCUGCCCUCUCAACCAAUGGAGAUGCCUGCCCUCUCAACCAAUGGAGAUGCCUGCCCUCUCAACCAAUGGGGAUGCCUGCCCUCUCAACCAAUGGGGAUGCCUGCCCUCUCAACCAAUGGGGAUGCCUGCCCUCUCAACCAAUGGGGAUGCCUGCCCUCUCAACCAAUGGGGAUGCCUGCCCUCUCAACCAAUGGAGAUGCCUGCCCUCUCAACCAAUGGAGAUGCCUGCCCUCUCAACCAAUGGAGAUGCCUGCCCUCUCAACCAAUGGGGAUGCCUGCCCUCUCAACCAAUGGGGAUGCCUGCCCUCUCAACCAAUGGGGAUGCCUGCCCUCUCAACCAAUGGAGAUGCCUGCCCUCUCAACCAAUGGGGAUGCCUACCCUCUCAACCAAUGGGGAUGCCUGCCCUCUCAACCAAUGGAGAUGCCUGCCCUCUCAACCAAUGGAGAUGCCUGCCCUCUCAACCAAUGGAGAUGCCUGCCCUCUCAACCAAUGGAGAUGCCUGCCCUCUCAACCAAUGGGGAUGCCUGCCCUCUCAACCAAUGGAGAUGCCUGCCCUCUCAACCAAUGGGGAUGCCUGCCCUCUCAACCAAUGGAGAUGCCUGCCCUCUCAACCAAUGGAGAUGCCUGCCCUCUCAACCAAUGGGGAUGCCUGCCCUCUCAACCAAUGGAGAUGCCUGCCCUCUCAACCAAUGGAGAUGCCUGCCCUCUCAACCAAUGGGGAUGCCUGCCCUCUCAACCAAUGGAGAUGCCUGCCCUCUCAACCAAUGGGGAUGCCUGCCCUCUCAACCAAUGGGGAUGCCUGCCCUCUCAACCAAUGGAGAUGCCUGCCUUCUCAACCAAACUUACACGUCAAUGUUUCAACCCAUCCUCCAGCCCAGUGUCAAAUACUGACUUGA